CUCUCAGCCAUGAGGAGAUCAAAAGGAUUUAAUAUCUGUGUGCUCACCUGCAGCAUCCUGCUCUUGUCCUCCAGCCUGCCGUGCCUGGCUCAGCCUCUGGAGGAGGAGGAUGUCACCAAGGUCCAGCAUGGCCCCUGGGCAGGGAAUGGGCUGGAAGAUGAAAGGACAGCCAUGGUGGACUUGAAAAACAAUCUGGGCCCUUCUGAGCAGACAGUUUCUGAAGAGCCCUGUGCAGUGUCAGCACAGCCUUCUGGGACACCCUUGGGUGAAGCUUUCACUGCAGAAGGAGAAGCCCUCCCUGCCAGCCCAAGCCGUGUUGUGCCCAGCAGCCAGGUGAGCCUGGGGGCUCACCCCUCUGCUGGGGCACUGCCUGCUGGCCAUGAGGAGGAGCUGGCCCCCACUGAGCCUCAGCUGCACGAGGAUGAAGCACUCAGGGCCAUGCUGACCACAGCUGUGACCACGCUGAGCCCUCCAGUCCAGGAGGAGUCUGGUGGCCCCGUUGGUGAGGCCACAACCGAGGGUGGUGUGGCAGCGGAGCCCAGCUCUGCUGGCCCCUCAGCAAACCCCCUUUCUGGGACCACUGAGGAGGAGGAGGCAGAGAGCAGCUCACACCUCUCAGCUGUGCCCCAGCCCACACUGAGCCCCAGCUCUCCCAGCUGGGAAGCAGCAAGUGACCUCCCUGUCAUCCCGAGUCCCCAGGCCGCAGGUGUGACCUCUGGCCUGGGAGUGCUGAGAGCCCGCACAGGGAGCCCCCUGAAAUCCCUGGCUCCACCAACAUCUGUGGCUGCCAAACCUCCCCUUGUGGCAACUGAGGCCUUCCUUGAGCCAGAAGCUGGGACAGGUGUCCCACAACAGGAGCUGCCCACUACGGCUGGCACUGUCACCAUCCCCCCUAUGGACACUGUGCCACCUGACUGGGAUGACACCAAGCUGGGGGACAUCAGUCGAGGGGGAAGCACGUCUCAUGAGGAGCUGGGGACAACAGAGCCAUCCCAGACCAGCCAGGAAGGUGUGGGGGAGGAAGAGGAUGCCACAAGAGCAGUGCCCUCCCCAGUGUCCCCUCCAGCAGCGCCUGAGCUUGCCAAGGAGAGCAACUGCACAGUGCCAGUGCAAGGAGAGGAGCUGCCAGCAACUUCCCCAGGCAGCAGCUCUGCUUCCCACCCUGGGAACCUGUCAGAGGCAGGCACAGCUGAUCUUGGCUCCCUGGGAAACAUAAGUGCAGUCACAGCAGAGGAGGAGAAGAGCGUCCCUCCGUCACAGCCAGAGGCUGCUGUGGUGACAGAUACCCAGCCUGAGCUCUCUCCUACUCUGGAGAGUUCAUGGAAAGGUGCUGCUGAGGAGGUGACAACAGCUGCCCAGGAGGCUGCUGCUGCAGCUGUGCCAGCUGUGCCAGAGGUGCCUGGUGCCACCCAGGGAGCAGGGGCUGCCAGCUUCCCUCAGGAGAACAGUGGGGAGGACACCCAGAUGCUGACAGCUCCCAGUGCCACCCAGGUGCUGCUGGCACCGGGUGCUUCCCCCACAGGGAGCCCUGUGGAUGCAGAAGAUCUCACAGAUGGGAUCCUGGUCACCAGUGAGAAAGCUGUCCCAGCCCCUGGUGGGAUGUCUUCUACCCCAGCUGGACAGACAGAGGAGCCAGCCAGCAGAACUGUGGUCCUGGUGACUCCAGCAUCAGUGGCCUCCUCUGCCAGGAGGACCAGCACAGCUGGCACCUACGGGCUGGACCGCCUGGAGUCUGAAGAGGGUGAGGAAGAGGAAGAGGAUGAAGAGGAGGAGGAGGAAGAAGAAGAGGAGGAAGAGGAAGACGAGGAGGACAAAGACCUGGACCUGAUGGAUGAAAGCAUGGAGGGUGACACGGAUCUGCCUGGCUUCACUCUGCCAGGAGAGACCUCCCAGGAGCCCCUGGCUGGCCUGGAAAACCCUGUGGCCCAGCUGGCUGGGGUGUCCUACCAGGUUCCUGACACCAUUGAGUGGGAGCAGCAGAACCAGGGUCUGGUGAGAAGCUGGAUGGAGAAGCUGAAAGAUAAGGCAGGAUACAUGUCAGGGAUGCUGGUUCCUGUGGGAGUUGGAAUAGCUGGAGCUCUCUUCAUCCUGGGGGCGCUCUACAGCAUUAAGAUGAUGAAUCGCCGGAGGAGAAACGGCUCCAAGAGGCACAAAAGGAAGCAGAGGGAAUUUAACAGCAUGCAGGACCGAGUGAUGCUCCUGGCCGACAGCUCUGAAGACGAAUUUUGAGUGGAACUGCAGUGCCCUUGGGAGAGAGAGCCCGUGACUUUUAGAGGAGGGAGAGAGGGGGAGGAGAAGAACAAGCGACUUUUCUGCUGCUGCAGCGCUGCUCCCUCGGCUGCCCCGGGCAGGGGUGUGUCCCCAGCCCAGUGACAAUGACAAUGACAAUGCUAUGCUCUACGUGUGCCACCCGUGGUGUUUGUUUUGAUACAGUAGUGGAGAUCUCACACUCACCCUCGGCGCCUCAUUCAGAGCCACAGCUGGAGCUGAUCCAUGUGGAUGAUUAUUUUCCUCUUGCCCUGGUGUACUGUUUUGGUCCUGGCUGGCAGUAAUCUAAUCAUAACAAUAGCUCUCACCCAUCCCAGGAAUGGAAAUCUUUACUGUGAAUGACUUCUGUCCAAUUCAUUUUAAAUGUUACAUUACCUGAGCUAGAGUUCCUUAGUGCUAAGAUUAGCUGCUCUGCUUAAUUAAUGAGUUGUAAGCCUGGCCUGUACCCCUGGCUGCCAGAGAAGUGCCCAUGUACAGGGUUCUUGAUACAGUUUGAAGCACAUUUCUGCCCUUGGGUGCCCCCACUCUCACCCUUUCUUCCUUCAGCUCUGCUCCACACUGCUUGGAGACACACAGGAAUGGCCUCAGCAUUGAUUCCACCACCACAUUCCCUGUCCAUUUCCAACCAGCACUGUCUGUUACAGCACAAUAAAUACCAGCACUCAUCUA